AUGGCCCUCUACAACAGCCCCAGCACCAGCAACGCAAUGUCAAGCUCCACACCCAACAAACGCAUCUUCGCCCCGGGUGGCACCAACGACUCCCAGCAAGCCCAGCAAUACACAAAGGGCAGCCUCGACGCCUCUCAACUCGACCCUAACCCUUUGACCCAAUUCGAUGUCUGGUUCACCCACGCCAAUACUGAAAAAGUACACCAGCCUGAAACAGUGACGCUGAGCACCGCCGAACUGCCCUCCGGAAGAGUCAGCGCACGGAUGGUGUACUUGAAAGAGUUGGAUGAGAGGGGUUGGGUGGUGUACAGUAAUUGGGGUACCAGCAGAAAGGCAGCAGAUGUCAAGAGCAAUCCUCAUGCCAGCUUGACUUUUUGGUGGCAUGAGCUGGAGAGAUCGGUUAGAGUGGAAGGAAAAGUGGAGAGAAUGACUAGUGAAGAGAGUCAGGUUUACUACGACACACGCAUAAGAGGCAGCAGGUUGGGUGCUUGGGCCAGUCAGCAGAGCAGCGUCUUGAGCAGUCGCGAAGAGCUAGAAANNAAGCAGGUCGAGGAUGUGGAAAAACGAUUCGAUGGUCAAGACAAGAUCCCCGUGCCCGAGUUUUGGGGUGGUAUCAGGAUUGUGCCUGAGAUGGUCGAGUUUUGGCAAGGACGACCCAGUCGCUUGCAUGACCGCUUCAGGUACACGAGAGAUGAAAACAGCGAGUCUGGAUGGAAGGUCGACAGAUUGAGUCCUUAG